ACACAGUAGUGAAGAAGUCCUCUAGUGGGCGCUGUCGGGCCCCUGUGUGUGAAGGAUGGGGAAGAACCCUGAGCCCAAUCCCGGGGCCCCCACCUCACUCCCUGAUACAUGAGGAAAUGGAUGAACAGAAGAUCCGAGAACUCAUCAACAAGAUGAUGGAGCUGCUGACUGGAGAGGGUGAAGAUCCAAACAAUAUUAAUGCUCCAGAGACAGAUGUGAGCGGUGAUGAGCAGUAUAAAGAGGACCUUCCUACAGGGAAAGAUGUGAACUAUAUUAAUGCUUUCAACAUAAUAGUAAAAGAAGAAGAAGAGACAGAUGUGAGCGGUGAUGAGCAGUAUAAGGAGGACAUUCCUACAGGGAAAGAUCUGAUAUAUAGUAAUACUACAGACAUAAAGGAAGAAGAAGAGACAGAUGUGAGCAGUGAUGAGCAGUAUAUGGAGGACAUUUCUACAGGUAACCACCCAGAUUCUUUUACCAGGAGAUCAGAGGAGAAUCUUAUAUCUUCAGAUUAUAAAGCAGAUGAUGAUAUCACACAAGAUACAUAUGAAGAACAUUCCAUUAUCCCAGAUACACCCUCAGCCCUUCACAGCCAAGAUCUGUCAUCUCAUCCUUAUAUACAGGUCCUGUCUUCUCACUCAUCACAGAAAGGUCACAGAAGGGAUGUUGGACAUCAAAAAGCUAAUACAGGGGAAAAGUCAUUGUCAUGUUUAGAGUGUGGGAAAUGUUUUACUUAUAAAUCACAUCUUGUUAGACAUCAAAGAACUCACACAGGAGAGAAGCCAUUUUCAUGUUCAGAAUGUGGGAAAUGUUUUCCUGUGAAAACAAAUCUUAUUCAACAUCAAAGAACUCACACAGGGGAGAAACCAUUUUCAUGCUCAGAAUGUGGAAAAUGUUUUACUCAGCAAUCACAUCUUGCUGUACAUCAAAGAACUCACACAGUGAAGAAGCCGUUUUUAUGUGCAGAAUGUGGGAAAUAUUUUAUUUGUAAAUCAAAUUUUGUUAAUCAUCAAAGAGUUCACAGAGGGGAGAAGCCAUUUUCAUGUGCAGUGUGUGGAAAAUGUUUUACUGUAAAAUCAAAUCUUGUUAAUCAUUUUAGAACUCACACAGGGGAGAAACCAUUUUCAUGUGCAGAGUGUGGGAAAUGUUUUACUAAGAAAUCAAAUCUUGUUAAACAUAAACAAACUCACACAGGGGAGAAACCAUUUUCAUGUGCAGAGUGUGGGAAAUGUUUUACUCAGAAAUCCCAUCUUGUUAAUCAUCAAAGAACUCACACAGGGGAGAAACCAUUUUCAUGUGCAGAGUGUGGGAAAUGUUUUACUGAGAAAUCAAGUCUUGUUAAUCAUCAAAGAAAUCACACAGGGGAGAAACCAUAUUCAUGUUCAAAAGAAUGUGGGAAAUGUUUUACUCAGAAAUCAAGUCUUGUUACACAUCAGAGAACUCACACAGGAGAGAAGCCAUUUUCAUGUUCAGAAUGUGAGAAAUGUUUUACUUCUAAAUCAGAUCUUGUUGUGCAUCAGAGAACUCACACAGGGGAGAAGCCAUUUGCAUGUUCACAAUGUGGAAAAUGUUUCACUCAGAAAUCGCAUCUUGUUGGACAUCAAAGAACCCACACAGGAGAGAAGCCAUUUUCAUGUUCAGAAUGUGGAAAAUAUUUUAUUUCUAAAACGUGGCUUGUUGAACAUCAGAAAACUCACACAGGUGAGAAGCCAUUUCCAUGUUCAGAAUGUGGGAAAUGUUUUUCUAAGAAAUCAAACCUUGUUGAACAUCAAACAACUCACACAGGGGAGAAACCAUAUUCUUGUUUAGAAUGUGGAAAAUGUUUUACUAAGAAAUCAACUCUUGUUGAACAUCAAAGAACUCACACAGGGGAGAAGCCGUUUCCAUGUUCAGAAUGUGGGAAAUGUUUUACUCGGAAAUCAAGUCUUGUUCAACAUCAAAGAAUUCACACAGGAGAGAAGCCAUUUUCAUGUUCAGUAUGUGGGAAAUGUUUUACUCAGAAAUCAGACCUUGUUGUACAUCAAAGAACUCACACAGGGGAGAAGCCAUAUUCAUGUUCAGAAUGUGGGAAAUGUUUUACUUUUAAAUCAGGUCUUGUUGUACAUCAGAGAACUCACAAAGGAGAGAAACCAUAUUCAUGUUCAGAAUGUGGGAGAUGUUUUGCCCAGAAAUCAGAUCUUGUUAAACAUCAAAGAACUCACACAAGAGAGAAGCCAUUUUCAUGUGCAGAAUGUGAGAAAUGUUUUACUGAUAAAUCAUAUCUUGUCCAACAUAAAAGAAUGCACACAGGGGAGAAGCCAUUUUCAUGUUUACAAUGUGGGAAAUGUUUUACUCGGAAAUUAAGUCUUAUCGGACAUCAAAGAACUCACACAGGGGAGAAGCCAUUUUCAUGCUCAGAAUGUGGGAAAUGUUUUAUCCUGAAAUCAAUUCUUGCUGUACAUCAAAGAACUCACACAAAAGAGAAGCCAUUUUCAUGUUUAGAAUGUGGGAGAUGUUUUUCUCGGAAAUCGGGUCUUCUUCAGCAUCAAAAAACUCACACAGGGGAGAAGCCAAUUCAGAGCACAUCUAUAUAUUAACCAUGUACAUAGGA